AUGGCCUUUUUCACAACCUUUCUUUAUCGCCAUCUUUUCCUUUUCCUAGUUUUCCUAGUUCACGCCCCACCAAGCCUUGCUGCAGGUGGAUCAUGGUCCGUCCUUGUCCCAAGCAUUGGCAUCUCCGCCAUGCACAUGCAGCUACUUCCCAAUGACCGGGUGGUAAUGUAUGAUCGUACCGACUUUGGUACCUCCAACAUCUCUCUUCCAAAUGGCAAAUGCCGCCCUAACUCAACUGACUGCUCUGCCCACUCUGUAGAGUAUGAUGUUGGUUCCAAUACUGUACGACCACUCAUGGUACUCACAAAUGUAUGGUGUUCCUCAGGAACUUUAAUGCGUGAUGGAACUUUAGUCCAGACAGGCGGCUGGGCUGAUGGUUAUCGCAGGGUCAGAACUUAUAAAUCAUGCAGCACAUGUGAUUGGAAAGAGAUACCAAAUGGCUUGAACCAACAGAGAUGGUAUGCGACAAAUCAUCUAUUACCUGACGGGCGCCAAAUUAUCAUUGGUGGCCGCCAGGCAUUUAACUAUGAAUUCUACCCAAAGAUGUCAGCCUCCGAGAACUCUCCCAGCUUUCCAUUUUUGGUUCAGACGAAUGACCCAAAUGUUGAAAAUAAUUUAUACCCAUUCGUAUUUCUGUAUCCUGAUGGAAAUUUGUUUGUUUUUGCCAACAACCGCGCAAUUUUAUUUGACUACUCUAAGAAUCAAGUUAUAAAGACCUAUCCGACAAUGCCUGGUGGUCAACCAAGAAACUACCCAAGCACGGGCUCUGCUGUUCUACUCCCUAUGCAGAUAAAACAAGGGAAAGUGGAUACAGUUGAAGUAUUGGUUUGUGGUGGCGCACCCAAAGGAGCAUUCGUUAAUGCUAACAAUGGAAAAUUUGAUGCUGCUCUGGAUACAUGUGGACGGAUUAAAAUAUCCGACCCAAAUCCCCAAUGGAUCAUGGAAACCAUGCCUCUGGCUCGAGUCAUGGGUGACAUGUUACUGCUUCCCAACGGUCACAUUUUGAUCAUCAAUGGCGCAUCAGCUGGGGUUGCUGGUUGGGAACUAGGGAGGAACCCGGUUCUCAGCCCUGUAUCUUAUAGACCAGAUAACCAAGUUGGGUCUCGAUUCGAGGUGCAGAAUCCAAGCACAAAACCAAGAGUGUACCAUUCUACAGCUGUUUUACUACGUGAUGGGCGAGUUCUUGUUGGCGGAAGCAACCCUCAUGACAAGUAUGUGUUCACAAAUGUGUUGUAUCCUACUGAACUGAGCUUGGAGGCAUUUUCUCCUUCUUAUUUAGAUUCAGCUUCGUCGUCUUUACGUCCAAGGAUAAUCUCACCCAAGACUAAAGCUAAGAUCCGUUAUGGAAAACGGGUGGCCAUUACAUUUACUGUAUCAGGUUCUGUGGAUAUAAAUUCAGUGAGCGUGACAAUGGUGUCGCCUUCAUUUAACACACACUCGUUUUCUAUGAAUCAAAGGUUGUUGGUGCUAGAUACGGGCAACUCCACUAAGGUUGUUAGAAAGUCUACCUACAAAGUUGGUGUGAUGGCACCUUUAUCUGGUAACAUUGCACCAAUGGGGAAUUAUCUUCUGUUUGUGGUUCAUAAAGAAAUUCCGAGUCCAGGCAUUUGGGUCCAAAUGCAGCGAUAA